AUGGACAAGAAGAAGAAGUCGGAUCGCCUUGGGCACGUCACCUUGGAGGUGGCCAAGGUGCUGUCGGAGGGAUUCGAUGGUGAGCUGCAGCUGCUUGAGGCCAGCAGCACGAAGUGGGGUGGCGAGAAGAAUGUGCAGGCCUUCCUGAAGCUUCGCGUGGCAGUCCAGAAACCCACGGAAGUCCCCGAACCGAGCAAGGAGGAGGCACCUAGAGAGGAACCGAAGCCAGCGAAGCAGACAGACCCAGGACCGCAAGGCACUGGACAAGAGGAGCUGGAGAAGCUUCAGCGACUGCGCCGAGCCUCUGUGGAAAGUGGCCUGACAAUUCGGGAGGUCCGCCAGCUGUCGGUAGCUGAACUGGAGAGGUGGCUCGAGGAGGAGCAGCUGCGGAAGCAGCGCCGGCGUAGCCGCCGCGAUGACGAACGCGGGCAGAAGCGGCUGGAAGAGGAGGAGGAUGGUCAGUGGUGGAGCCCAGACCAGGAGGAGAGAACCGAGCACCUUUGCCGCCGCUGCUCCGCUCAGUUGACACCCGGUGCCAAGUUCUGUGCAAGCUGCGGCGCACCCGUUGACGGGCAGCCAGAGGAGACAGAGGCGACCAUCGACACCAUCCAGGUAGAAGUCCCUCCGCUUGCGGUGAUCGUACAUGAGCAGGAGACGACCGCAAAGCCUCCAACGUCAACUCGAGCAGAUGAGUUGAUCGUCGUCCACGCCAGCGACGAGCUGCCGGAGUACGGUACAUCUUCCUGGGCGGACACGUUGGACAGCCCUGCACCGGCCAGCUACGAGGCGCCUGCUGCCGCCUCCCCGAGCGAGCUCUGGCCGGAAAGGGGUGCAGAGGAGGGCCUCCGCCCGCUAGACAGCGAUGAGCGGAAUCAGCGCCUCCUACGGCUUCUGGAAGGACCCUAUGCAUCUCUCCCAAAGUCGGCGGCGCCGCGGCUGGAUCCCUGGCAAAAGCUCUCAAGCUUCGGCGCGCGACCUCCUGUGGACAUCGGCUUGCCAGGUCCAAGACCUAUCGUCGAGAAGGGCGGCAAGGCCGAAGGCGGAGAUGGAUCUCAACCCGCUCCCGGUCGUUGGGCGGUCUCGCAGGCGGCCGCGCGGGAAGUUGUGCACACCUCCUCACAUUUCGGCGUGGAGGUCUUCCGCCGCUUCUUACGCGUGCAGAAGGAGCCAGAGCUGCAUUGGCUCGCAGAGGAAAUGAUGCACGUGGAGCUGCCGCAAGGUAUGUACCCCCUCGACCCCAUGUCGGUAGAGUGCAAGACCCUGGACCGUCACAGCCGCUGCCCGCAACCGCCGCCUGCUCUGGCGUUCGCGCAGGCCGUCAGUGAGCUGGCAGGCUGA